AUGGCCAACUGGGUGCCCAGUAAACCACCAAUUUGCUUCACUGACCGCAGAUUCUCCUGUUUGGGAUUUAGUCAUGCUGAAUCCCCACCUGAUCCCUCAUUGGAUACAUUUUUAAACGAAACCAAUCAACAACUCGCUGUUAUUUAUGAUCAAGCUGUUUUGGCCCAGUUGUUGAAUGAGUUGCGCGGACCCAAUGAUUUGGUUGCACUUUUGGAGGUCGAGGUCACCGAUGAAAAGCUCAUGAAAUAUGUGGAGACCCUAUCGAUCCAUAAAGCCAAGUUCAAGAGAUUAGGAUUAGGAGACUCCCACCAAAAGAGGUUACUCUCCAAGUUUCCCCAACUUGGCUAUAAAGCUCUGGGCGACAAAGAUUUGGAGCGAGUCUACGCAAUGGCCUCCAAUAUGAGCGAUAAUUAUCAUAAUGUCAAGCUGUGUGCCUACAAACAACCCGAGAAUUGCACUUUGCGACUCAUACCAGAGGUUCAAUCGAUAGUUCAAGGAAGCCGAGAUUUGGAGGAGAUCGAAUAUUACUGGUUUGAGUGGCGAAAGCGCACGGGCUUGGCCACCAGAUCUCAGUUCGUUGCCUUCAUGGAUCUAUACAAAAAGACCGCCAAGCUGAAUGGAUAUGAUCGGCCCGAGGAUUACUGGUUUCGAUCUCUGGAACUGAAUGGUCAGGAGACAAUGGCCUUGUUGGAUAAAGUAAUGCAUGGCUUGAGACCACUGUUCCUUCAAUUUCACGCUCAUGUCAGAGGAUCUUUGAGGAAAAUGCAUGGCGAGCAUUUGGUGCCCAGAAACAAACCAUAUCCCCAGCAUUUGGCAGAGGUCUUUAUUGGCAAUGCCUUUAGACGGGUUCAGGCCGAAUGGUAUGUGGAUUUGCCCUCACCGGGUGGGUUAGCCAACAUUACCCAGGAGCUACAUAACCGGGGAUUGAGUACCACUCAAAGGGUUUUCUGGAAUGUGGCUGAGUAUUUCAGAGCACUGGGUCUUCCGCAGUUAGAAAGCUCCCUCUGGACAUAUGCACAAAAGGUAUCCUCCGAAGACGAAGAUCGUUGUUGGCACAAAGCCUGGCGGUAUUAUGCUCUACCCAGAACCAAUUUUACCUAUUGUCCUUUGAACGACGAGGAACGCUUCUUUAAUAUGUUUGAAGCUCAGGCAGACUUACAUUUUUAUCGUGCUGCCUCGAUUCAGCCAACUCUACUUCAAGAAGAGCCCUUUCCCAAUUUCAGUGAUGCAAUUGGGAAAUGUUUCUCGAUGUCAGCAAGUUCACCACGUUUUCUGAGGAAAUUGGGACUACUAAAGGAUAGCAAAUGGAAGGAGUUACCCGCUCGCUUGAAUCGUCUUUAUGUUCAGGGACUUCGGAUUGUGUUCCUCCUCCCAGUUUUCUAUGUACUGGAUCGUUAUAGAGUCGAAGUUCUGAGUGGACAUAUUAAGGCAGAUGAUAAUGAGGCAUAUUGGCGAUUUACAGAGCAUUAUACCGGUGCUGCAGCUCCAACAAAACGGACCAACGAACAAUUCGAUGUUCCCGCCAAACUUCUCAUGGAAGUAGAUGACCAAUAUGCAAGUCACUUUCUAAGCAUUGUUCUGCAGUUCCGAUUGUUAAAACACUUUUGUACUAAAACAGGACAGUUUGACAUUUAUAAUCCCAGCAAACCUUUGGAUUUGUGCGAUUUAUCCGAUCAACGAGGCAUCGGCAAAGUUCUCCAAAAAGCCAUGUCCCUGGGAUCUUCAGUUCCCUAUAGAGAAGUACUGCAGGAACUUGUGGGUGAAUCUGAAAUCAAUAUAGAUGGCUUACUGACCUACUUUCAACCAUUGCAAGAAUGGUUGCAACACCAAAAUCAAGUGAAUAACCUAGAAGUGGGUUGGACAUAGAUUGCAUAC